CUGUGACCCGAGCGCGCUCCGGGCGGCGAGCUGGGGGUGCGCCCGGACCCCCGCCCCCGGGAUCAUGGGGAAUGGCAUGACCAAGGUUCUUCCUGGACUCUACCUCGGAAACUUCAUCGAUGCCAAAGACCCGGAUCAGCUGGGCCGGAAUAAGAUCACACACAUCAUCUCCAUCCAUGAGUCACCCCAGCCUCUGCUGCAGGACAUAACAUACCUUCGCAUCCCGGUGGCCGACACCCCUGAGGUACCCAUCAAGAAGCACUUCAAAGAAUGUAUCAACUUCAUCCACUGUUGCCGCCUCAGUGGGGGGAACUGCCUUGUGCACUGCUUUGCAGGCAUCUCCCGCAGCACCACCAUCGUGACGGCGUAUGUGAUGACGGUGACAGGGCUCGGCUGGCGGGACGUGCUUGAAGCCAUCAAGGCCACUCGGCCCAUCGCCAACCCCAACCCAGGCUUUAGGCAGCAGCUUGAAGAGUUUGGCUGGGGCAAUUCCGGGAAGCUUCGCCGACAGCUGGAGGAGCGCUUCGGAGAGAGCCCUUUCCGCGACGAGGAGGAGGUGCGCGCGCUGCUGCCGCUGUGCAAACGCUGCCGGCAGGGCUCUGCCAGCUCGGCCGCCUCCCCCGCGCCGCACUCUGCGGCCUCCGAGGGGACCCUGCAGCGCCUGGUGCCGCGGUCGCCCCGGGAAGCCCACCGGCCGCUGCCGCUGCUGGCGCGCGUCAAGCAGACUUUCUCUUGCCUCCCGCGGUGUCUGUCCCGCAAAGGCGGCAAGUGAGGAGCCCGCCCCGUCGUGGCGCCCCUCUUCCUCCCGACUGGUCCCCAUCGGGGGCUGUCUGGGACUCCCAAGGCCUCCAGGACGGGCCCAGAGCCUGUGGGAGUCCCGCGGCGGCCUGAUCCCUGCCCCUGCCCCCAUGCCCGCCUUGCUUGUCUGCGUCUGCAGUCAGUGUGUCCUCCAUCUGUGCGUCUCUGCGUCUGGGCCGGCCUGCUGCAGCCACCUGGUGCCUUAGUCCUUGGGCUGGGG